UCGCGAGAUUUGUAAUUUACGUCAGGUUACCUUUGACACAGUUUGGUUGUAGCAGUGAGCAGCAAGCAGAAGCAGCCAGCGGAAGGGUCCAAGAUGAACAGGGCUUUCAACAAAACAAGUCUGAAACAGCUGACUGGUAUCCUCCAAAGGUUUCAAAGCACCUUGGUGGUUGCAGAGCACAACAAUGAAACGCUGACCCCUAUUACACUCAAUGCCAUCACUGCUGCCAGUAAGCUGGGUGGAGAGGUGUCUUGUCUGGUUGCUGGAACAAACUGUGCACCGAUUGUGGAGCAAAUCAGCAAAGUGCAAGGUGUGAAGAAGGUUCUGGUUGCCCAAAAUGAUUCUUACAAAGGUGCCCUGCCAGAGGAGUUAACUCCACUUAUCCUGGCAACACAAAAGCAAUUCAAUUUCACCCAUAUCUGUGCUGGUGCCUCUGCCUUUGGAAAGAACCUUCUUCCCAGAGUGGCUGCCAAGUUGGAUGUUGCUCCAGUUUCAGAUAUCAUUGAGAUCAAGUCUCCAGACACUUUUGUCAGAACCAUUUAUGCUGGAAAUGCUCUCAGCACUGUGAAAUGUAACGAGGCGAUCAAGAUCUUCACAGUUAGAGGGACCUCCUUUGAAGCAGCUGAAACAGAGGGAGGAAGUGCUGCAUCAGAAGAGGUUGCCAGUUCUUCUCCUGCUGGAGUGUCUGAGUGGCUGGAACAGAAUCUAACAAAGAGCGACCGUCCAGAUCUGACCAGCGCUAAAGUUGUGGUGUCAGGAGGAAGGGGCUUGAAGAGUGGAGAAAACUUCAAGUUGCUUUACGAUCUUGCUGACAAAAUGAAUGCUGCAGUUGGUGCAUCCAGGGCAGCCGUUGAUGCUGGGUAUGUCCCCAACGACAUGCAGGUUGGACAGACGGGCAAGAUUGUAGCGCCGGAAUUGUACAUUGCUGUUGGUAUCUCUGGAGCUAUUCAACACCUGGCUGGAAUGAAAGACAGCAAGACGAUUGUUGCUAUCAACAAAGAUCCAGAGGCUCCCAUUUUCCAGGUAGCUGACUACGGCUUGGUCGCUGACCUUUUCAAAGCUGUUCCUGAGAUGACUGAAGCACUGAAGUGAGGAGAAACAAAGCCCCACCGAACUUCCAUCGCACAGCUGGAGCCUGCAGUAAGAAGACCAUAGAGAACGACAACAUGCACCCAAAGUCACUGCCUUAACUAAUUUCUGAAGCUGUGAGUGUUUGCGUGCAGAAAUAAUUUUCUUCAAAGUCUUCUCUCUGACUUGAGAGAACAUUCUCAGUCUAUAAAUAAAUACUGGUUUUUAUAAGUGCUAUACAUGUAUUAAAUAUCAAUAAAUUAACUUGUACCUACCUGGGGGUGUUGUGCUAUGCCUUCUGUAGUACACGUUGUAAAUUGUAUUUAAUUUUCUGGUACAGCAAAGGCCAUCUUGGGGAACUCUUGACUUGUCUCUGUAGGUGACUGUAAUAGUAGCUCAAUCCUAACCUAGAGGAUGUGUACUUACUGAGAUGAUCUUGGAGAAUAAACUUUUAAACUGACAACUAAUAA